AUGUCUCUGAAAUGCAGUGGUUUCAAAACUGUCCUGGAGCAGCACAGCAGCCCGAACGCUAACCUGACCCUGAAUUCUGUGGGCCCUCUGGGCUCCCAAUCCGCCCUGUGCUCCACCCCUCCUCCGCCCUCCGCCUCCACCCCAGCAGCUGCGCUAACCUACAGCCACUCCAGACCCCAGCCUUCCACGCCGGCCUCGGCCGGGGGCCACGUCACGCCCACCCACAUCCCCAGUGGCUUGCCUCGCCCUCCCUCAGUCCUGGGCUCCUCUCCUGCCCCCUCCCAGCCGCUCACGCCCCUGCAGUCCCAGCCAGAGCCCUCCCUGCAGAUGCAGCAGCCCACCUCUGUGCAAGCGCAGCAGCCCAGCACUCCGCUCUCUCAGAUGUCCGCUAGCGUUGAUAAUAGAGUCCCCACACCUGCAUCUGUGAAAGAGGCCCACUCCCAGCAUGCUUUGCCACCUGACUACCCUGCUGCCGAACUCAAAACCGAGCAUCAAGACGACGAGCAGGACUAUGAGUCUGGGAAAAAGCAGCCCGAUCUCAAGAUGGAGGAUGAAGAUGUCAAACCUCCUGAAGUUAAAGAGCAGCCAGAGUCUGUAGAAACUAAGCAGGAACAGAUGGAGACGGAGGAGAAGAAACCAGAGAUAAAGACCGAGCCAAAAGAGGAGGAAUUGUCCAGCACCAACAGCACUACACCAUCCAGUCAAUCCGCCCAGUCUCGCAGGAAAAUUUUCAAGCCAGAGGAGCUCAGGCAGGCGCUGAUGCCUACAUUAGAAGCUCUGUAUCGUCAAGACCCAGAGUCCUUGCCCUUCCGCCAGCCGGUGGAUCCCACUCUACUGGGCAUCCCGGUAAACCCCAUACACCUAUUUACUGGGCUGAUAUUUUAUGGGUAUCUCUUCAAAUGUUCUAAAUAUAUUAGAAAACAAACUUUGGAUGUAUUCAGCACAUUUGAGGAGAUGAAAACCGUUGCUCCGGGUUUGUCAAGACAAGGCUUUUUGCGGUUGUUAGAGCAGAGGACAGAGCAGUUUGGAAGGAGCGGUAAAAUACAUGGAGAUGCAUUUCAAAGGAGCUUUGUGGAAUACACUUUCUGCCAGUUUUUAUGUGAGAAAAUGGCAAAUGUGGAGCACUUCACCUGCCCAGCAUGUACACCCAACAUGCUUGCGGUUUCUGCAGACGGCAACAGAAAACUGUACAGGUUUCAACACUCUAAAGGGUCAGAGGAACCAUACUUUGAGGGCAUCUUCAUUGCCAAAGAUGUGGACGUAUCCUCUUUCGUUGAAGAAAUCAGGAACUCCAGAAAAGGCACUUGUGGUGCUACUCAGUGGUCUGCUGCCAGGGAGACUGCCAGAAGAGCUAGCAAACUUGAUGAAGAGGGUCUUGAGAAGGAGCUUCAGGCAGCCACAAACAUACAUUUCUACUGCACUGACAUCUCAUGCAAGUACUGGCCCUAUCUUCAGAAGAUGUCAGUCUCUAUGCCUGAACUGAGCCCUCUUCUUCAAAUGAGACCAUUUCUGUCAGUCAUGCACGCCAAGGCCCAUUCAACUAAGUGUGAGAUUGUCUGGAGUGGUAGGAAUCAGGAGGGUGCUGGCGCAACUGCAGGGGAAGAGGUGGAAAUGGUGAACAGUUUCCUCUCUCGUUGUGCUCUCACAACGAAGUACAUGACCAAAUCUGCUCGCAAUGACAUGCUGACUGUACAUGCAAUUGGGUGGAAUAGACGCAAGCAUGAUGGCCUUCAUCUUGCAUUGUCCAACAGAUAUGUCAAGACCGUCCGAAAGGCUGAGGCUGAGUCCCAGAGGCUGGAGAACUUGAGCCGUGAACUUGGUGUCCUGAGAACAUGGUCCCAGCAGUGGGUAGAUUUUAUCAGAAAUGUAAAUUGA